ACACCCACAUACACACUCUGCUCAGAGCAUUCCAAUCGAAUACCUUUCAGAUCUAAAUGCUGAUGUGUGUAUUGAUCAUUUUGUUUUUUGUUGUUGUUGUUCGCUCGCAUCUCGUUGCGGUAGUCCAUCAUUCAGUUAAUGAACGCGCUCGCUUUCGCACUCACACUCGCGUCCUGACUGCUCCCCUCGUCGCACGCCAACAAUGCUUCAUAACGUGUUUAUGUUUCUCUAAGCCACCGUUUGCACAUGUGUAUUUGUGUAUGUGUAUGUGUGUCUGCGCGCGCGCUUAAUUCGCGCAUUGUAUCUAGCUAACUAACUGGCUAGCCUUUGGGCCUGGUUGGGAAAAAGACAGGAGAGAGACAACAACAACAAUAACAACAACAAAAUAAAGACAGUUAUGCCCUGCUGCGUCGCGUCAAUAACAAAAACAAGCUACAUAGCUGACGCCGUCUCGUCGACGACGUCGUUGUCAUCGUCGUUUGCCUCUCUUUCGCAUCUGUCGAUCGUUGAUCGCUGUGUGUGUUUGUCUUCUGUUUCGUUUUGUUAGUGUUUGUCGUGGUGUCGUUUAUUGUUGUUGCUGUAGCUGCUGCUGCUGCUGCCGCCGCCACCGCCGCCGCUUGCUGUUGUUGUUACGCGCUGUGACUGACUUAUUCAAUGAUUUAGUAAAAUAUUCAUAGCUCAUUCCAAAACUUGUUCUUGUGCCUUGUGCUGCAAAUACGACAAAAAAUAACGCGCUACAAAAUUCAAUUUCUAUUGUUACUCGUGUGCAAUUCAAAUACACCGCCAAGCCACCCACCACAAAAGAAGUGUGUGGAGGCCCUUAUUAUCAUAAACAAAACAAAAAGAAAACAGUUGUAUUUGCAAUAAUAUAUAUAAAAUAUAUAUACAUAUAUAACGAUGGAGGUGUGGCGUUUGCUAACGGUUAGCGCAUUUCUUCUGUUGGGAUUUGCAUGCUUCUAUGGCGUGGUGGAGUCGUGCAACGAAGUCGUCUGCGCCUCGAUAGUGUCCAAGUGCAUGUUGACGCAGAGUUGCAAAUGCGAGCUUAAGAAUUGCUCCUGCUGCAAGGAGUGCCUCAAAUGCCUGGGCAUCAAAUACUAUGAGGAGUGCUGCAGCUGUGUAGAGCUAUGUCCUAAACCAAAUGAAACGCGCAAUGCAUUAUCCAAAAAAUCACACGUUGAGGACUUUGAGGGCGUUCCGGAACUAUUCGAUGUGCUGGCCACUGGGGAGGAUAGUGAAAGUGAAUAUUGGGAUGUCUUCACAUUCCAAGUGGAUUGGUCUAGGGGUAAACCAAAACUGGAUAAAGAUGAGAAAUAUUAUUUAAAAUAUAAUGACAAAAAUCUAGAUGAGGCUCAUGAGGAACGUGACAAUACGAAGACAGUCAAUUGUACGGUUAUAUAUUUGGAUCAGUGCGUGUCUCUAAAUAAAUGCCGUCAAUUCUGUCAAACGAUGGGUGCUAGCAGUUGUAGAUGGUUCCACGAUAGCUGCUGUGAGUGCGUGGGCUCUACGUGCAUUAACUAUGGUGUCAAUGAGAGUCGUUGUCGACAAUGUCCAGAGACGAAAGACUUGGGCGAUGACUUUGACGAUGAAAUCGAUGAGGAAAUGCAGGACUUUGGCGAUAGUAUGGGUCCGUUUGAUGGCUCAGUGAAUAGUAAUUAUUGAUAACAGCGAUCAAAUUUAAAGGAACAAAAACAUUUAACAAAUUAGCUACUCAAUUCAGUGACAUUAUUAUUGU